AAGUUGCUGUAAGUGCUAAAUGCUCUCCUCCAGAGCCUCGUCACCCGUGGCUUUGUAAUUUCCUGUGGGCUGCCUUUGUGUAAGUGGCAGCGGUGCAAGUGUGCUGGCAACGAGGCUAGGCCGACCCUGGAGUGUCCCUGGGAGGUCCGCGUUGUGAUUGCCGUUUGGGGAGCGCUGGGGAGGUGCAGCUCUGGCCGAGGCAAGGACAAUGAGUGGAAAUGAGCAGGACUGGCUGACCCUCAAACCCCAGCAACCUUCUCCAUCCCAGUGCUGCGGCGGCGGCUGCAAACCCUGCAUCUAUGAUGUGUAUGAGAAAGAGCUUGCACAAUGGGAGAGGGCCAAAGCAAAGCAAGACAAAAGCCUCCUCAUGGAGAAGAAGGAGCAGAGCAAUAAUUCAGAGCUGAAUCCAGAUACAUUUACUGCAUUCAGCAUAAGCUCGGUGGAGCAGCUAACAGAGGACACCUACCAGUACAGGUUUGAAUUGCCGGGAAAUAGCAGCCUGCGACUGCGUUUAGGACAACAUAUCGUGUUAAGAGGAAUGGUGGAUGGCUUGGAGGUCCAGCGAGCCUAUACUCCGAUCAGCCCAGGGCAUGCAGAGGGGUACUUUGAAGUGUUGGUGAAAUGCUACAAAGCUGGGCUAAUGUCACAAUACAUCAAAACCUGGAAGAAAGGAGAUGUGGUGUUCUGGCGUGGGCCCUUUGGAGGCUUCCCAUAUCAACCUAACCAGUAUGGAGAACUCCUGAUGCUUGCAUCCGGUACCGGCCUCGCUCCCAUGCUUCCCAUACUACAGUCCAUAACUGGUGAUGAAGAGGAUGAAACCUUUGUGACCCUUGUGGGCUGCUUCCCUACAUUCGACAGCAUUUAUCUGAAACCCCUUCUCCAGGACCUGGCUCGAUACUGGAACGUCAGAGUAUUUUAUGUCCUAAGCCAGGAAACAACCCUGGAAAAGCUUCCCUGGAGCUGUCAGGAGAACACCUACACUGGGCAUCUCGGUGAAGGUCUGCUGAAGAUGAUAAUCAAUUCCUGUCGAAGGAAGCCGUUUGCACUGAUCUGUGGCUCCUCUGCAUUCAGUGAAGAUAUGAAGAGAUACCUGAAAGCUGCAGGAAUUGAAGAAAAUUCGUGUUUUGUCUUUUAGCAGGACAUUCCUGACCUAAGGAAUCUUGGGUCAAGCCUUGGAUGUCUCUGUUUCUCUGCAGACAUUGCUCAGAAUUGGUAAUCUGGGUCAGCUGAGUUCCCUGUACAUAGCCUUUCAUAGGCCUUGGCAUCAAGUAAUUGUCUUCAGUAUGGUUCUCACUCUUGAGAGUGUUUUAAGGAUCAGUCAUUCCACAGUGACUUCUACAAUCACCCACACCUCAGGGAGCAGCAUGUCAGUGGAAGUCUUCACAUGCACCUUUGAGAUCUUGUAAGGGUACUAAAAACCCUCCAAGUCCACAGCUCUGCUGUAAUAUGAAGACCAAUGUCUUGCCUUGCAAUCCUUCCUAGUCUGCACUAGUUUCUGUCCUGAUAUGUGUGCAGAGGAGAGACUUAACCCUCAAGAAGAUGACUCUCUGGCUGCAGAAACAGCAGAGCACUGGUCCACUGCUCUGGAGUCCACAGGGUUCAUUUUGGCCAUAUCACCUUGCUGGGUGAUGCCAGGCAAGUCGAGCUAACCUCUCUGUGCCUCAGUUAUACCAGAAGGCAGAUCUCCUCUGAAACAUGCCCUUCCAACUGGGUGUAGAAAAGGUCAUACCUGGGGAUGGAAUUCUACAUGAUGCCUGCUGAGGACCUCAGCAGGCACUCCUCCUGUGCUCGCACAGCUUGCCUUGCCUGCCCACAUCCUUAACCCUUGACGUGCUGCCUGGAGAGACAGAGCAUAUCCUAAUCGCCUGUGAGAAAGCACCUGGCUGGUAGCUGCUGGGGAGGAUGGUUGUUUGCUUUCCUAAUGUUGCUCGUUAAAGGGGACCCCUUCUCAAACAGGUAGCUCUUUGCUUCUGUCGCAGGCCUCUCAGAGGUGCCUGGGAGGGUGUCCUAAGCCUACACUGAUGCCACCUGAGGAGCGAAGGCUUCACAGAACUUUGCUUCAGCUGCCCUGGCACAGCACCCGGCCUGAGUGACCUGAUCCCUUCCUCCUCUUCUAGCCCAAUAUGCUGCUGCCCUUCCCGUGCCACAUCUGCUGUCCACUCCUUUACCCUAGACCACCACUUGCCAGCUGCACCUGAAACCGUGACCUACCUGCACACCUUUGUUUUGCCGUCCCUUCCUAGUUCAUCCGUGCUGAGAUUUCCCAGGCUGCGAGAGAUCCAGGGGAGCUGUCUAGGUUCAAGGCAAGUUGUGACUCCCAUCCACACCACGCUUCAGGCACUGUAAACCCCUGUGUAGCAGAGGUGCUUCUGUGAAGCGUGGGGCUGAUAGAACCAGGAGUUGUUUCUCCAGUCACUUUCCCUACUUUGGCCCUAGCUGGGAACGGGGACAGAAUACUUCCCUCCGUCUUUGCAUACCCUGAGCACCUUAUUUCUUGUACCUUUUGCAGUAAGUACGCUGCCUUUCUGGGAUUUUGCUACACCUCCACCCAGCCGUUCUGCAAAAGCCUGAAGCCAGACUCGUCGCUGGCUCCAGGAACGCGACGCCUUUCGGCGCGCAAGCUGGGGCUGUGCCGUUCGGUGCCACCCCAAUCUGGCUGGGUAUUUCAGCACAUAUGGGCCACCGCGGUGCAGCCCUCCCCAGCUGGUCCGGCCGUUCUGCUGCGGAGCCUCCCGCCUUUGUUCUCGGCUCGAAGGGAGGGUGGUGAGAGACGGAGCAGGCUGUGAGUGCUGCGGGUUGCAAUCCUGCAAAGGCAGGCUGCGGGCGGAGCGGCAGGAGGGGAUGCGUGGCGCUCGGCACGCCGGCGGGCACCGGGAGCCCUGUCAGACGUUCUCCUUGGGGGAGACGAUGUCCUUGGAAGCAGGAACUCGAGGAGUCCUUUAUACUGCCCACCGACGUUUUGUUCUCUGUCUUAACGCCUUUCUCCCUCUUGCCUGUUGUCAUUUGUCAGGCUGACUCUAAGGCGAGUCCCCUAACCCUGUCCCCGGUGGGGGCAGGUCCUUUCGGAAGCUUGUGUACGUUCCUGCAAAGGAAUGCGAGAUGAAAAAGCUCUCGGGCAGGAUUUUCCC